GGGUGUCGUGCGGUCAGCCCGCCGGAGGCCGAACCUGGCUGAGGAGAAACCAGUGGGACCCAGGCCCGCGGCGCCGCGUCCCUGAGCAGAAACGGUAGGGUGCGCCCCACCCGGCGGCCAGGCGGGCCACAGAUGCCGUCCUUGUCCGCGCCGCCCCGCCCCGGCUCGCAUUUCCCGCUGCUGCUGUUGGCGGUGCUGAGCGGCCCGGUGUGCGGUCUGGUUCCCCGCUCGGUGCCCAGGACCUCGCUUCCCGUGUCAGAGGCUGACACUUAUCUUACCCGGUUCAGCGUCCCCCAGACAUACAAUUACUCUGUUCUUCUUGUGGAUCCUGCUUCCCAUACACUUUAUGUCGGCGCCCGGGACACCAUCUUCGCUUUAUCUCUGCCCUUCUCAGGGGAGAGACCUCGAAGGAUUGACUGGAUGGUGCCUGAGGCCCACAGACAGAACUGUAGGGAAAAAGGCAAGAAGGAGGACGAAUGUCACAAUUUUGUCCAGAUUCUCGCCAUUGCCAAUGCCUCUCACCUCCUCACUUGUGGCACCUUCGCUUUUGAUCCGAAGUGCGGGGUUAUUGCCGUGUCCAGUUUCCAGCAGGUUGAAAGAAUUGAGAGUGGCCGGGGGAAAUGUCCUUUUGGACCAGCUCAGCGGUCAGCAGCUGUAAUGGCUGGUGAGUGGGAGAGAUAAGAACCUGUGACUUCUUGCUAUAAUUGCUGCCUUCCCCACCCCUGCUGUUGGAAUUUCUGUGUCCUUUUCUUUCAUUUCCUCGGAAUGUCUAUUAUUCCCAUGUCUCUUUCUAGCCUUUCCUAUUCCUUCCCAGUGUGCCUGUGUCCUGCUUUUCUCCAGAGUACUAUUUCCCUGGGUUCUCCCUAAAGAA